AUGGGUUCCAUUGAACCAUCCCGAAACCCGCCGCAAUUCCUCGUCAUCGGAGCUGGAUCUCGAGGCAACGCAUAUGCCCGUGCCGUUGAAGCUUCAACCUUGGGCACGAUUGCGGCUGUGGCAGAGAUCGACCCGUUCAAGCGUCGAGAAUUUGGAAUUCGUUACAUCUGGGGAAGAGAUAGACAACCAAAAGAACAUCAGUCUUUCGGCAGGUGGGAAGAAUGGGUUGCAUGGGAGCAAAGACGCAGAGAAGAUGCGGACAAGGCUGGAGGACCCGGACCAGGUUAUAUUCCUAUAACUGGAGUGUUCAUAUGCACUAUGGAUGAGACCCACGCUCCCAUAAUCUGUGCAAUCGCUCCACUGAACCUCCACAUCCUAUGCGAGAAACCCUUGGCUUUGUCUCUAUCAGACUGCCUCUCCAUCUCCUCAGCAUUGUCGAAAUAUCCUCCGAAGGUAGUCUCCAUUGGACAUGUGCUCCACUACUCACCGCACAACAUCCUCCUGCGCAAGCUCUUGACGGUGGACCAGGUCAUUGGUGAGAUUGUCUCCAUUGAACACACUGAGCCCGUUGGCUGGUGGCACUUCUCACACUCAUACGUUCGCGGAAACUGGCGCCGCUCUACCCCAGAAGGCGUUGGUUCUCUUCUCACCAAAUCCGGCCACGAUAUCGACUUUAUCCUCUGGCUGCUCUGUUCACCCAGCGCCCUGACUGGACCCAUCCCCCAUCUUCCCUCUACCAUCUCAAGUAAUGGAGCCAUAACGCAUUUUCGCCCAGCAAGAAAGCCAAAGGCCGCAGGCGUAGCGACCAAUUGCCUCUCUUGCCCCGCUGAACGAGAUUGUAUCUACUCUGCGAGGAAAAUCUACCGCGAUCGAUGGCUUCGACAGGAGAAAGACACAGGUUGGCCUCUUAAAAUCGUCGUGCCCGAGAUUGAAGAUAUUGUAUCAACCAAAGACUGGAAUGCAGCGGAGGAGCAAUUGAUGCAAAGGCUAGCCGAGGACUACGACAAAUCCACCACACCUGACAAUGUCAUUGCAAGCAGGAGCUGGUAUGGUCGCUGCGUGUACGAAUCAGAUAAUAACGUCGUUGAUGACCAGAUCGUGACAAUGGACUGGGAAGAAGAUCCUUUGCUGGGUCAGGAGCUCGGCCGAGGACCGAAGAGGGUGCUCUUUCACAUGGCUUAUCCGACUCAGGCACAAUGCGAACGGCGGGGGUGGAUUUAUGGCACGCUCGGUGAGAUCAGCUACGAUUCCCACAAGAUCACCGUGCACACAUUUGCCGAUGGCAAAACGAUUGUACAUGAUAUUCCAAAGCAGGCACCAGAGGUGGAGAAGAGCCAUGGCGGCGGCGACUGGGGUCUAGCCGGUGCCUUUGUUCAAGCUGUCCAAAAUGUAAAUGGUGGAACAAUGGAUGUUACGCAGGCACAAAGAGAAUUGGUGGGAUGUGACCUGGAGGAGAUCAUAUUAAGCCACGCAAUGGUGUUUGCAGCAGAGGAGGCAAGGAGAGAAAAGAAAAUUGUCAAUUGGGCCGAAUGGUGGGGAAAGCACGGGUCGCUCGCUCGGUGA